CGGCGCUGGAGCUGCUGGCUGAAAGUGCGUUGCGGAAGGCGAUUCAGUUGCUCUUUAGCCAUGAGACGCGUGUGGUUCGGUGCGCUGUCUGCUGCUCUGCUCUCGCUGUGCCUGAGUUGUGUGGCCGGGCACUUGCUGUCGCUGCCAGAGCUGGACACACAGAUACAGCUGCAGGAGCAGCUGAUAUCGCAGCACAACGACAGCGCCUAUGUGCAGCGCGUGAUGCGGCUGGCCAAGUCGGCGGAGAUGCGCAGCUAUAUGCAGCCGCAGCUGGAUGCCUGUGAGGAUUUCUUUGCCUACAGCUGCGGCAACUGGCCCAAAAUCAAUCCAGCCCAUGCGGCCCAGCCACGUGAGACCAACUACCAGCAGCUGCUGGCCAACGGCUACCGGCACAAGCAGCAGCGCCUGCUGGAGCAGCCGGCCGACGAGGACAGCGACGACUUAGCUGUGCUCAAGCUGAAGCAAUUGUAUGCCAGCUGCCUACGCUACCGGCAGACGCCUCUGCCGCUCUAUCGCCAGCAGCUGCAGGAGAUUGCUGCUGCAUUUGGACGCAUGCCUGCACUGGCGCUGCCCGGCCAGCUUUGGCCAGCCGAGGCCUUUGACUGGCUGGCCACUGUGGCGCAGAUCAAGGGCACAUAUGGACUGGAUAUACUGCUACUGCUACAGCAGGCGCCAGAGCUGCAGAACCAGACUCGGAGGCGCCUCUAUGUGGGUCAGCCGCCACGCUCAGCUGUGGAAGCGCCACACGAGGUUGCUGCUCAGCUAGAGCAGCAUUUGGGCUUGGAGGCGUCGCUGGCGCGUCAGACAGCGCAGCAAAUUGUUGAGCUGGAAUCGUUGCUCGCCAAGGGCAUGUCCAGUCGUCCAUUGGGUGUGCUGACCGAGCAGCGUUCCCCUGCUGAGCUGGCCAAUGCCUAUGCGCCCACAUUCAACCUCACGCACUACGUUGAACUGGUGCUCCAGCGUCCAUUGCAGCCGGACGAGCUGCUAUACGAGCAUGUGGACAGCUACCAGGCGCACUUGCUGGUCGUCUUGGCUCAAACGCCGCCCCAAGCGCUGGCCAAUUACAUUUUCCAUAAGCUGCUGCAGCACUUCUACUACGAUCGCUCGGCGCCAGUUGUGGCCCGGUGCAUGGACAGCGCCACGCAGCUGUUCCCGGAGCUGCUCACCAACAUGGCCUAUCGUCAAUAUGGCGCCGCGUCCACCCUGGACGACAUCGACGCCGUCUGGCAGCAGAUCAAGCGCAGCUUCUAUAACCUGCUCGAACACAGCAACAGCACCGAGUGGCUGUCCCUGGACACGCGUCGCCUGGUGCUGGAUCAAGUGAAUGCCACGCGGCUGCUGGUCAAUGGAUAUGCGCAUUUGAAUUUCACGGAGCGCUACAAGUCGCUGGAGCUGAAGCCGCAUGAUUUCCUGUUCAAUCUGGGCGCUGUGCUCAGUCAGAGAAGUGCGCUGGAGCCGCCGGCUGUGGUGCCCACUGGGCCCGCAUACGAUCCUCUGGAGAACCAGGUGCUGUUGCCAGUCGCCCUGCUGCAGCCCAAUUUUUUGUGGUCCCGUUUCUAUCCACGUGCUCUGCGCUACGGCAGCUUGGGCACGAUUAUGGCCGAGCAGCUGGCUCACAGCCUGGACACACGCGACGCCUGGGAUGCAGCAACGCUGGCUGAGUUUGGCAAGCGCAAGUCCUGCUAUCGGCACCAGUACGAACGGCUGCGCUACGCCGGUAACUAUCUGCCAUCCAGCGAGCUGCAGGACAACAAUAUGGCAGACAAUGCGGCCAUACAGCUGGCAUAUCUGGGCUACAGGCGCUACUUGGCCAAUCUGGCGACGACUGCCUUGACAACGGAGCAGCUGCCUUCGCUGAGCCACAGUCCGGAGCAGCUGUUCUUCAUCAGCUAUGCCCAGCUGUGGUGCAACGAUGCCAACGAGCAGUUCCGGGACAAGCAGUCGCUGCUGCUCACUGGAACGCCCAAUGCGCUGCGCGUGCAGGGCGCCUUGGCCAACUUGGCGGACUUCGCCAGGGUCUUCGGCUGUGCCCGCGAAUCGCCCAUGAAUCCCGAACAGAGAUGCCUGCUGUACGGCAAAAGUGUAAAUUAAUAAAGCUAGCGUUUCAUUUUAUU